AUGGGUCAUUUCUCGUGCAUUAUCUGCGGUCAAGACCGUGAAUUCAGCGCCAAACAACUGAACAUCACCUGCACAUCUUGGAGGACAACGACUGCUCCCUGCCCCAAUUGCGUUCGGACCAAGACACUGGACGAGCAUAUCGAGCAAACCCGAGCAUAUCUGAGGCAUCUCGAAGCUCACCGUGCCACCUUGAGGCCCGGCGCCAACGCCUUCCACGACCCUUUCAUCACGCACUUUCCGACAGAAAUUGCUUCAAAAAUCCUCUCUUUCUGUGUGGAUAAUGAGCGGGAAUACAAACGGCGCAUCCCUCUCGCCCUUUCCGCUGUGUCCAGACGGUGGCAGGCUAUAGCGCAUUCGACCCCUUCGUUGUGGACCAACAUUCGUCUUCGUCUAUUCGGCAAGUAUGAGAACCGGGUCUCAUACAACGAGAUGCUCCUUCAUUGGCUCUCACGUUCAUCCAAGCAACCACUUUCUAUCUACCUCGACAUGGAAUACUGCCGCAGAGACGAGGUGUCCAAGGUCCAGUUUUGUCGCUCUGUCAUCGAACUCCUCAACAUGCACUGCCACCGAUGGGGUAGACUCUCCGUUGAUAUGCCCCUUCAUCUCAUCAGCCUCCUGCGGGGCGACUUUCACAGUGACCCCCCUCUAUCCCACCUUUCUAUUGGUGGCGAGGAAUACGACGAGGACGAGGAUGAGGACCAGGACAACAGUCAGACCUGGAAGUUCGACUUGGGAACAUCUCUUCCCAGUCCUCACACAGUCACGAUUCACCAGUGUGGAUUCGACAAGGUCCGCAUAAAUUGGUGUAACGUCACUAAUGUGUCCAUCUGGUUCCCUCGACUUCGCGACUUGCUCACACUCUUGGCAGCAGCACCUCAACUCCACGAAUGCAGAGUAGUUCGACCGGACGGAUUCGCCGAGGCAACCAACACGAAUCCAACGAACCCCAUAAUCCAUCGCAAUUUACUCAAACUGGACUUAACAAUAUGUGGGUCUCGCAUCGUUCUCUGUCCGUUCCUCCUGCCCAUCAGAUCACUUGCCUCAGAUUCUCAUUCCGACCACCGCGCCGACCUGUUCGAUAUUCUACGGGCAGUACCAGCCUUAGAACGCCUCGACAUAGCCGGUGCUUUCAUAUUCAACAACUUCUUCGAACUUUUAGGGACCGACGACGAAGAGCACAGAUUCCUACCGUCGUUGACGGAAUUUGGUCAACUAUGUCCUCUAUGGACAGAGGAAUUCUCGUGGCCGGAUAUCUCCAAGGCUGUUGAAGCAAGGGCGCAUCCUCACCGUGGAAAAUGCGGCCUGCCUGUUCUCAAGCGGUUCUACUGGGGCGUGACCUUGGAGGACGAGAAUUCAGACAUAUACUACAUCGACGAAGAGAGCCUCCAGAUUUUUGAGAGGCUGCUUUCAAACGGUGUCGACAUCAAACUCUCCAACAACUGGAGAAAGCGUGGCAGGUCAGAUGAUAUGAUAGUCUAUUCAAGAGCAUAUCAUGAGGAGAAUAAGCAUCGAUCAACGAUCGACGAUUAG